ACUCACAUUUUCUGGUUCAUAUGUAUCUGGAAGCACAUGCAAGUUUGUUUUAUGAACAGUAAUAGCUGCUCUGCUAAAUGAUGAACGCCGCAACAGCAGCUAACAGCAGUGUUUACUCACAGACACAGUGCAUACUACUUUCCUCGGAUGUUCGAGGUUCGAUUCCUUACUUGAAUGAACGGAAGUCUCGGUUGGUGGUGAGGGCUGGUGGCGGUGGUCGUCCUCCCAAGGAGGAUGGUGAAAAGCAACAGCAACAACAACAACAACCUGUGUCUCUUAGGCUUGACGACGUGAACCCUGUGGGACUGGGUCGAAGGUCGCGGCAGUUAUUUGAUGAGGUUUGGAGAAAGUUCUCGGGAUUGGGUCAGAUUUCUGGCACUAUCCGGUCGGAUGAUCAGGAGGCUUUGGAUGCCCUUCUGGUCCGCGAAGGUCCGAUGUGCGAGUUCGCAAUCCCUGGCGCUCAGAACACUACUGUACUCGUUGUUGGUGCCACCAGCCGCAUCGGUCGCAUCGUCGUGAGAAAGCUCAUGCUCAGGGGCUACGCUGUCAAGGCUUUGGUGAGGAGGGCAGAUCAGGAGGUUGUAGAGCUCCUUCCAAGGUCAGUAGAGAUAGUCAUUGGGGAUGUUGGUGAUCCCGCCACUGUCAAGGCUGCUGUUGAAGGUUGCAACAAAAUUAUAUACUGUGCCACUGCUCGCUCUGCUAUUACUGGGGAUCUCUUCAGGGUUGAUCAUCGAGGAGUUUCUAAUCUAACUAAAGCUUUUCAGGAUCACAAUAAUAAAUUGGCCCAAUCGCGUGCUGGGAAAAGCAGCAAAAGUAAGCUCUUGAUUGCCAAAUUCAAAUCUGCUUCUUCACUCAAUGGAUGGCAAGUUCGUCAAGGAACUUACUUCCAAGAUGUAGUUGCCACAAAAUAUGAUGGAGGAAUGGAUGCUAAAUUUGAGUUCAAUGAGAAUGGAGAUGCUGUUUUCUCAGGGUAUGUCUUCAACAGAGGAGGCUAUGUGGAACUAUCAAAAAAGCUUUCUCUGCCACUAGGUUAUACUCUUGAUAGGUAUGAGGGUUUGGUUCUUUCUGUUGGUGGCAAUGGAAGGUCUUAUGUAUUAAUUCUAGAAGCUGGUCCUUCGGCAGAUCCAAGUCAGAGUAGAUUGUAUUUUGCAAGAAUUAGUACAAAAGUGGGAUUUUGUAGGGUUAGAGUACCAUUUUCAUCAUUCCGCCCAGUGAAACCAGAUGAUCCAGUGUUAGAUCCUUUUCUUGUACAUACUUUGAAAAUACGCUUUGAGCCUAGAAGACAGAGGCCUGUUGAAGGAAAUGCAACAAUGAAACAGGAUUUAAGAAGCUUUAAGCUUAUAUUGGAAUAUAUUAAAGUCUUGCCUACUGGGCAAGAAACCGAUUUUGUAUUAGUUUCAUGUUCUGGACUAGGAAUUGAGCCUUCCAGGCGGGAGCAGGUUCUUAAAGCCAAGAGGGCUGGUGAAGAUUCUCUAAGAAGAUCUGGCCUUGGAUACACAAUAGUUCGUCCUGGUCCAUUGCAGACCCUGAAACAUAUUCUCUGGCUUGACAAAUGUUCAUGACCAAAGGCUUCCCAUGCUGUCCUGCACAGAGGCCAGUUUCUCAAUUGUCACUAUAUCUAUGUAACAGAUUGUGAUCAAUAAUUGACAAUUUUUUUCCCAUCAUAACAGCUUUAUCCACUCUAAUUUGUUCUAAAACACUGAAAUUAACAUCAUUGCGGUCCCCUGGCUUUAAAUGGUUACUAAAUUCACAGUGGUUGGGUCAUUUUCAAGAGCCGCAUUGCAGCAUGCUAGUGUAUGUUGUUAUUCAUUUCUACUAUAUCUAAUCAAUGUCAGGGUCAUUUUUAGGCUUUAUAUAUAUAAUAUAUAUAAAAUUGAAGCUUGCGUUGAAGUUCAGAAACGGAAGGUUCAUUACAGAAAUAUUUAGACUGCUACAUUCCAGUAUAACUUUCUAUUAGAGUAAAUUAUUAGAGCCUCCAAUUAGCUGAAUGUAAUAUAGUAGCUUUUUGUCCUUUUCAUUCUGUCUGUAGAAAUAUAAUUUGGUGUUCUUUUCUUGUCAACU